UGACUUCAUAACGGUGUUUCUUCCGGGAUCACCGUCAUCACUCCGCUACGGAGGUGUCCUUACUGGCAGCUAAUUGUUAAUCUGUAUUUAAACGGACCUAAUUUAAUACAAUUCACGACUGGAGUAGUAUUGCACAUCUGAAAUAUGAAGGGAAUGAAACCGCACCUCAUUCUGUUGCUGCUCUUCGCGUCUUUGCUUUGUGCAGAGACGGCCAGAAGCCGGAAAGAUUCCACCAACCAGAAUAGUUUCAGAAGGGCGGCUAACGGAUUCUACCAAAUGUUAAGCAAUAUUUUUGGAGAGGACAACAUCAGAGGUCUUUACAAGUUCUUCUCCAAGACGACGGAACGCUUUGUCCAUGGUGUCGACUCUUUCCUGGACACUAUUUGGAAGAUGUGGACAGAUCUGUUGGAUGUGAUGGGCAUUGAUGCCUCCAACCUGAGCCACUACUUCAGCCCAACGUCUUUGACAAACUCCCCGGCUCGUGCCCUGCUCCUAGUGGCUGCUGUGUUGGUGGCUUACUGGUUCCUCUCCCUGUUUCUGGGGGGAUUCUUCUACCUGCUGCACAUCGUAUUUGGCCGCUUCUUCUGGCUGGCCCGAGUUACACUCUUUGCCCUCUCUUGCCUGUAUAUCUUGCAGAAGUUUGAGGGGGACCCCGAGCGUGCUGUGCUCCCUCUCUGCUUCGUAAUGGCUGUGUACUUCAUGACAGGGCCUGUGGGGGCGUACUGGCGUAGAGGUGGGGGUACUGCCUCUCUGGAGGAGAAGAUCAAUCACCUGGACACCCAGAUCCGCUUGCUCAACAUCCGGCUGAGCAGGGUCAUCGACAGCCUGGAGCGCGCCGGGGAGAAGUAGAGCUGACCCCACACACCCACCGCUGACAACGGCUGUAUCCAUAGGGUGGCUGGAGGUUUGGGUGUAUAAGGGCAGGAGAAUCUAAGCAGAUCGAGGCUUUCUGUUAUGAGAAAGAGCUUGUUUUUUAGUGUUUUUUAAUUUGUAUUUUUAUCCUGACUUGUUGAUAUUUUGUUAUAUUGUUUAACAACUGCUGAUGGUUGCUCUUUUUGGAAAUUGUGUUCAAUGAAAAAAUGGGAUGGAUGUUUGUUUUGGGUAUGUGAUGGUGUCAUAGCGGGACCAGACACAACUGUAAGUAUUUCAUCCCAGUUAGCUCAGUAGUUAGUAGACCAAUGGCAGUUUUACUUAUUGCAUUUUUUCCGUCCUGACACUGAGAUGUAUAGUCAAAAAUAAUGUCACCAUUCCAUUUUAGCAGUAGGUCAUUCCUGGCGUAUUUCAGGACCUCUCUUUCUAUAUAAUGGACAUACUGUGUGUGUGUGUGUGCAAGCGUGUGCGUUUCAUGCAUGUGAAUCAUUGGAAAAGCACUGGGGAAAAAAGUUAAGACUGGCGAAACCUGGGCAGGCACGAAAAUCUCAGGGAGACAUUUUUAAAAAAGAAUAUCAAGAACAAUUAUGUGAAUAUACCCCACAUCAAUAUCAACUUAACCCUUUACACUCAUGGGAAUUGACCUAUAUGGAUAGGGCUAAAUUGGUAGCAAUUGAAAGGCAACAGUUUGGAGAUUAGGGGAAAAUGAUUAAGACAAGUUGAGGACACAAUAGUUCACACGACUGAAUCCAAACAUUACACUGUCGAUUUUAUGUGCAUUUUACAUUGACUGUACUUUUCACCCCAUUUGUUGAUAACGAAAUCUGAAAAUACUCUGGAUACAUUCAGUAACAUGAUGAGAAUAUUCCUGGAUUAAAAAUAAAUAAAAAAUCCUCUCACUAAUAGGUCUUUUGACCAGGGAAACAGAUCAUAUUUUUGGUGCACAUAGAAAAGAGUCAUGAGUGUAUUCAGGUGUGUGUUCUUCAGCGAUAUUUUUUUCUUCACAAUAGACAAACGGGUUCAUUUUGUUUAAAACAACCCAGGGUAUGACGCCAUGUCAUCUUGUAACUAUACAUCAAACAAAGUGAUCAUAAACGGUGACACUGUAUGUAUUAGUUUAAUGAUAUGGAAAUGUGAAGUGCACAUUUGGACUCACAGGUGUUUGGCUUGUAUCACAUCAGUGGUAUUUAUUCUGAUCCUCAAUGUCUCAUCUUAGAAAUUACAUAGAGUCCUCUUAAUUUACAGCAUUUCCCUCAGACAACAGAAAAAGCAGAAGUUGCCAAAUUAGUGGGAGGGAUGGUGACCACUUCUUGUGGCUUGAGGUGCUCAAGUUCAGAACAUCUGUCAGUCAAAACCCAAACAGAGCUGUGAAGCGCAGAGCCUGAGCUAUGAUGUCAUAUAUAGCAUGUUACUGUACAGACACUGAGCUAUGAUGUCAUUUAUAGCAUGUUACUGUACAGUCACUGAGCUAUGAUGUCAUCUGUAGCAUGUUACUGUACAGACACUGAGCUAUGAUGUCAUGUAUAGCAUGUUACUGUACAGUCACUGAGCUAUGAUGUCAUUUAUAGCAUGUUACUGUACAGUCACUGAGCUAUGAUGUCAUGUAUAGCAUGUUACUGUAUAGACACUGAGCUAUGAUGUCAUGUAUAGCAUGUUACUGUACAGUCACUGAGCUAUGAUGUCAUUUAUAGCAUGUUACUGUACAGUCACUGAGCUAUGAUGUCAUUUAUAGCAUGUUACUGUAGUCACUGAGCUAUGAUGUCAUGUAUAGAAUGUUACUGUAGUCACUGAGCUAUGAUGUCAUUUAUAGCAUGUUACUGUACAGUCACUGAGCUAUGAUGUCAUGUAUAGAAUGUUACUGUACAGUCACUGAGCUAUGAUGUCAUUUAUAGCAUGUUACUGUAGUCACUGAGCUAUGUCAUCUGUAGCAUGUUACUGUACAGUCACUGAGCUAUGAUGUCAUUUAUAGCAUGUUACUGUAUAGACACUGAGCUAUGAUGUCAUUUAUAGCAUGUUACUGUACAGACACUGAGCUAUGAUGUCAUUUAUAGCAUGUUACUGUACAGACACUGAGCUAUGAUGUCAUUUAUAGCAUGUUACUGUAGUCACUGAGCUAUGAUGUCAUCUGUAGCAUGUUACUGUACAGUCACUGAGCUAUGAUGUCAUUUAUAGCAUGUUACUGUAGUCACUGAGCUAUGAUGUCAUCUGUAGCAUGUUACUCAACAGCCACUGUGUUCCAAUUUAGGCGUUUAUCAGUGCCCAAAUCUGUCAUUUUCAACCCGUAUUAUAGGUGUCAGUGUAAAGGCCUACUAUGUUACAGUGACACUGAUUUUGUUGCACAGCCGUGUUUGAAUCGUGGCCAGCCAUCUGCAGAGGGAUGGAAGGUCUACCUUUAUACUCGGGCUCAUCAUCCACAUUGAGAUAAGGGUGUUAAUGGUAGAAAUACCAUAAUAAAGUAUAGUUAUAAUGGAAGCGUAUUAGUAGUUCCCAUAAAAACAUAAUUCUAUUUGCCGUGUGACAAGUCCUCCCUGUUUCAGUGGAUGGCACAUUAUGCAUGCCUAGACUAUAUCUGUACUUGUUGUGAAUUUGGAUGCACUUUUUGGUCAUUCCUGCUUUGCAUAAUUGUACAUCGCAAAGUGUACAUUUUUAUAGGGCUAUAGUGUGUAAUUUCUUAAAAGGGAAUUUUAUCAUUUAACUCUAAUCUACUUUUGUGCUACAUUUGAUUGUGUUUUCAUUAGAAUUAUAUAUAUAUAUAUAUAUAUAUAUAUAUAUAUAGGCUCAUAGAAGUCCAUUUUGUUGGGCGGGUGUUCAGUAAGUGGUUUGGUUUAGUUGGUGCCAGUUCAAAUGUUGUCAUUGGCUACCAUACCAUCUCUCCAACCCCACCCCUCCAGAAGUGAACUUGUCUACACAAAUGUAGUUUUGAUUAUGUACUGUAUAGCGUAUGUGCUAUUCUAUAGCAAAAUGUUACAAUGUUGUAUUUGUUAAGUCAGUAUUUUAACAUUGUAAGCGUUGGAAAUAUUUAAGAAUUUAAUGAGUAUUAAAUGUGUAUUGAUUUGUAAAAAUAGGUCAUCUUGGAUCAUUUUGUACUGAUUCAUGUACUGUAGAGACAACCAUGUAUUUUCCAGCCAACACACAUCAUGCUGUCAUCCAUAGGUUCAUCACAGCAGAGGGUAGACUUGAGUAUUUGCGACAACUGUAAGAUGUAGUCUGCUGCUGAGUUGUCAUACAAAUCCUCAAUAAUAGAAUUCUCAGCAUUUGAUCUUUAUUUCAGGUUUGAGAAAGGACUAGGCCCAAUAUUGAAUGAUGGUGUAUGAGGUCCCAACCCCUUAUACAUUCUCUGUCUCUCUCUCUUUCCCUCUCUCUCUUUCGCUCUCUUUCUCUCUCUCUCUCUCUGCAUCUCUCUUUCGCUCUGUCUCUCUCUUUUGCUCUCUGUCUCGCGCUCUCUGUCCUCUCUCUCUGUCUCACGCUGUCUGUCUCUUGUGCCUCUUUGGCCUUGACACUGCAGCAGAUUUAGUCAGAUCUUUACUAUCCAUCACCUUGAUGAUGUUGACACAGUAAAAUGGCAGCAGAAUGUCUAGACUUGAUGAACUUUAAAUCUCUCACUGAGUAGAGUAAUAACUAUAACGGUCAAUAAGACCCAUAUCCAUUCCAACUGAACAUCCGUUCUUUUCCGUCUAUGUAGUCCCCACAUGUGCUGUGCCAAAAUGAACGUUCUUCAUCUUUCUGUUUGAAGCACUUAGUCUUGUGAAACUUGAGUAUAUUUCCCUGUAGUUUUUUUAGCAUUUCCUUUUGUGUUCAUAUCUUGUUUUUCUACCUCCUGUUUUCCUUUGUGGGGAUGUUCUUCUACCCUACUGCCUGCUGUUGAACCAUGUCAUAUAUUGAAAAGUGUUGUGGAAAUGAGUCUUCGAGAGGAGAGAGGAGUCAUUUUGAAGUGAAAUUGAGGUCCCAAGAUUUGAAUAAAUCAACUUUAUCACCA